AUGUACGCUGUCGAGGAUAGACAUCAUCCCGUCCCACCUCCGCUCUCAAUGGAUCGCAUCUCUGCUCCGUCCGUCCAGUACCCGUCGGGGCCCAACUCGCUACGGCAAUCCGACCAUUUGGCACCAGUGACGAACUACCAAGACGGUCGCUCAUGGUCAUUACAAGUGGUACAGCAGCCGAUCCGGGCUCGUAUGUGUGGAUUUGGUGACAAGGACCGAAGACCUAUCACUCCUCCACCAUGUAUUCGUCUAAUUGUGCGCGACGCGCAAACCGAUAAGGAAAUCGAUAUCAAUGAGAUCGAUACAUCAUUCUACGUGCUCACUGUCGAUCUGUGGAAUGCCGACGGUACCAACGAAGUCAAUCUCGUCAAGCAUUCCGCCACCUCACCCUCCAUCUCUACCGCCAUGUCCUCCUCAUAUCCUCCUCCGCCCCAGAGCGUAUCUCCAACCUACCCCGGUUACAACCAGAACCAGUACCCCGUGGGCUACCCCUCACAGAUGAACAACUACUACGGUGGUCAGCAGGUGGCCUACCAAAAUCAAUACGGUCAGCCAGUGACGUACCCACAAUACUACGCCGGUGGUCAAAUGCCACCCGCCAGUGCUUUCCGGUUGACGGACCCAGACAACAAAAUAGGGGUGUGGUUUAUCCUGCAAGAUUUGAGUGUACGGACAGAAGGUACUUUCCGCCUGAAAAUGAGCUUCGUUGACGUGGGCACCUCGUCUACGGAAACCCCCAACGGCACCCCAGUCAUCAAUCACGGGACUGCACCCGUCCUGGCGUCGGUUUUCUCCGAACCCUUUCAGGUCUUCUCUGCUAAGAAGUUCCCUGGUGUUAUUGAAAGCACCCAGCUUAGCAAAUGCUUUGCGCUACAGGGUAUCAAGAUCCCCAUUCGCAAGGACGGAGUAAAGGGACCUCGCCGAGGUGGAGAUGGCGAUGACGAUGAUGAAGGCGACUAUUAA